AGCCGAAAAGUGUUUCCUUUCAAAUCCUGGUCACACUGAGUUAGGAGCUUGUAGGCGCAAGAGUCAAAUCCCCAAAUAAACAGUGGGAAUUUGAGCACGUGCAUUAUGAACUUGUGAAAUACCACAAUGACAGAAUUAAAAGCAUAUAAAGUGUGUAACCUCACGCGGCAGAAGUUUUACGGGGUGGCGGUGACUUCUCUCGCUCAGCUUAAAAUAAGAGGUGGUGAUGCUCUGGGCUUCAGUCCCGAUGCAUCUGUUUCAGUGGUGCUAGAAGAUGAUGGGACCUUCGUUGAAGAUGAAGAUUACUUUUUGUGUCUGCCGGCUGAUACCAAAUUAAUGCUAUUGAAUUACAGGCAAACAUGGACACCUGCCUUUCAUGUUGAUGGAGGGACAGGGCAGCCUGAGAGAGAGUCUGUCAAUGUGGAGGUAGAUGGGCAAGACAACGUUGAUGGGACCGAAUCCUGGCACAGUGCUGCAAGUCGUUUAAAGCAGAACCUGGGCAACCUUAUCCUCAUGUCUGAGGCAGAUUUACAGAGUUUGAUUGACGUGCCUUGCUCAGAUCUGGCAACAGCACUGGGAUUUUCACAGCCGAAAUCCCGCAUCCUACAGGAAACCCUGCAGACAAUUGUGGACCGUAGAGAGGAGGAGAGACAGUCCAAAGAAUUACUGCAGCUUUAUCUUAAAGCUAUUGAACAAGAAAGCAUGCAAGACCCACCGGAGACCAGUGCUAAACUAGAUGAAACAGAUGGGGUGCAGGUGGAGAACACAGCAGCAUUCAGCUCCAGAAUGCUUACGGUUUUGAAGGAGAAAAAGCACCCUGAGACCAGACUCUCCAAUGAAGAGCUACAGAUGGUGGUGAGGCAAGGAGCGGUGAUGGUGGAGGCGCUGGGCUGGGAGAGUGGAAGGACAGCAGCGCUGGUGCGGGAUUGUGGGGCUGAGCUCAGUAAACGUCUACAGCGGGUUCAGGCCCUGCAUUCCCUCAGUGCUCAAAACCUGUCCUUAAAUACCAACUCACAACCACAGACUGGAAGAGAAACUCGAGCCAAACGGCGCAAACAUAAGCCUUAAAACAUGUGAGACAUACCUUGAUUGUGGUCUGUAUAUUUAUGUAUUUUAUAUCAAAGGCACUUGAAAAAGAAAGAUGAACUUCGACAUUUCCAUUUUGGUUUGAUUGCUUUGAUAAUAGCUACAUAGACUUGAAAAGAACAAAAUUUUACUUGAAUACAGUGACAUUCCAAAGCCAUAUUAUUCCACACAUGUGUGUUUGAUGUCAGAUAGUUUAAGAGUUACAUUCUAUUUUCGAAUCGAGAGGUUUGUAUGAUUUCAUGUUUCUUCUUCCUCGAAAGUGCCCCAUGACCCAUCCUUGAGGUUUUUAUGGUAACUGUCCUAAGCUACAGUAUAUAUUUUACGCUUCGAUUGUAGAAAGAAUUAAAAAGGAAGCAAAACAUUUUGGAUGUAAAUAUUAAAUGUAAUGUUUUCCAGCAGGGCAUGAAUAGCAAUGUAUUGUGUCAGCGCUAGAAUGCAUCAUUUUUAGUAUUGCUGGGUAAAGGAAUGUGCUAUUGUUUUAUGAUUUUUCAAGGUUCACCGAAUGUGUCAAAUUGGAAAUGUUAGCAAAUAAAUCAAUUUUUUAUUCUGAAAACAAGCAGUGUUUAAGCUGAUGUGAGCUUUAACAUCCCUGACUUGUGAAUGCCUUAAUAUUUUUAAUUAAAAUAUUUUGAUGUGUAGUAAGCAAACCUCAAACCUUUGUAAACUGAAUCACACCAAAGGUACAUUUACUCCAGCUUGUCAGAGAGAGUUGUAAUGAACAGCUGAUAAACUAAUGAAGACACCUGCUACUCUCUGGACAUCUUUCUGUAUUCACCACUUAUGUCUUGUUAAAACCAGCUCUCCCAUUGUAACGAGCAUGUGUAGGCUUUGUGUUGGGCGUGGUUGUGAAGCCAUCGCCUGUUGUAGUGCUGUGACUGUGAUGUAAUACCUUUGAUUUAAAUUUCUAAAUCAUUGUUUGACUUUAGGCCGGUGAUCAUUGUGUCAUCUGAACAGGAUCUUGUGAAUCUUCAUGUUGAAUUCAUUAGAAUGCUCCUAAUAAAGAGGUCUGGGCUUGA